UAUUAUUAUUUAAAUUAUGUUAUUAAAUAAAACUUGAUUAGUACUUAUGUAGUAUUAUGUGUUCUAACCUCAAAAAACAUCGCAGUAGUGUUAAAGUGUGAUUUUAAAAGUUAUUAAUAUUACUAGAAUAAUGAUAAGUUUUCGUCCUUGUGUAAUGCACAUCACGAUUUUACAUAACAAUAUUUGUUUAUUACAUAAAAUCAAUAUUAAAACUUUUUCCAUUAGUUCAUGUUUCUCUUUUAAAAAUUCACUGGUUAAUAUUAACCAAUACAACAGACAAUUGAUUCAUUAUACUGGCAUUGUUGACAAUGCAAUAUCAAAUCAAUGCUCUAAUUUGUCGAAACAAAUAUUAAUAAUUAAUAAAAUAAAUAAAAAUAAUAUAUAUGAGAAACAAUGUAAAUUUAUUUCUACACAUAAAUCUUUGUGCAGCAAAGUCAUAAAUAAACAAUCACACUUUGGAACAAAUCCGCUUUUUGUCAAAAGUGAUUUUACCACACGAAAUUGUUAUAAUGUAAGACAAAUGUCAAGUUUUUAUGAACGAACAUUAGAUACUUGGUACAAGAAUUAUGUUAAUAUAAUAACUGGUAUAUCUGAAAGUGCACCUGUGGAAUUUGUACAAAAUUCUUUAAUAAAUAUACAUUCUUAUACAGACUUACCGUGGUGGGCAACUAUAAUAUUGACAACUAUAUUAUUACGAUUAACUAUUAGUUUACCAAUAGCAAUAUAUCAGCAAAAUAUUACUGCUAAGCUAGAAAAUUUACACCAUGAAAUGACUGGUAUUACUACAAAUUUGAAACGAAAAAUGAAAGAUGAUAUGUUUCAAAAUAAUUGGUCACAGGAACAUGCAAGACAUAUGUAUAAUCUUUCGGUAAGAAAAAAAAGGAAGGAAUUAAUUGUCAGAGACAAUUGUCAUCCGAUGAAAACCGUACUUCUCGCAUACAUCGAAAUUCCAACAUUAAUAAUAUUAACAUUUUCACUACGAAAUUUAUGCUAUAUGUUACCCAAAGGCGAUAUGUAUGCUUAUGAGAAUUAUCUUCAACUCACAACGGGUGGUUUCGGUUGGAUAACAAAUCUGACGGAAGCAGAUAGUUUUUUCAUAUUACCUACAUUAACUGCACUAAUAAAUUUAGCUAACAUAGAGAUCUUUCGCAUGUUGAGAUUGCAGGAACCUACAAUAUUACACAAAAGUCUUACCAAUUUUCUUAGAUUAGUAUCAAUCGUGAUAAUACCUUUAUCACCAUUAAUACCUUCUUCUCUGUGCUUAUAUUGGAUAACGAACAGUGCUUGUACUCUGGGUCAAAAAACUUUAUUGUUAUCCCCAAAAAUUCGCAGAUUGACAAGGAUUCCUGAAACUGAAUCAGAAUUAUCACAUCCGUAUAGUUUUUUGUAUGAGAAGAUAAAAAGUAAAACAAAUUUGGAAGCACUGUCGAUGAAAAAAUUAAAAUAAUCGAUUAAACAUACUUAUGUUUAACAUAAUAUACGUACAAUAAAAUAGUGUGUAAAAUAGUUUUUGAAAAUAGUAUUAAAAAAUUUACAGUUAAUCGCGAGUGUGAAUAUUGAAUAAAAAAUAUAAAUGAAG